UCAGAAGUGAGUCGCAGGGGUUUUACUCAGUGAACGCUCUCGGAAAACAUGCUUAUUUCAUGCCAGUUGUUUGGUCUCACUAAAGGAAUGGGAUAUUUUUUUGGAUCGAGUUAAAAGCAGCAAUGAUUCAUUUGUCCUAGUGCCCGUACUUUUGUUGCGCAUCUUGGGGUCUUCACGUACUUUUACUCAGCGGUGCUUUUGAAUUUUAUGCUGUUCUUGAUUAUUGCUGGAUAUGAUGCCUAUACAAAGAUUCACCGGCAAAACGCGGGCACAUCGGUGGGACAGUUUCAGGUAGAUUUGACCCGUUUGUGGAUGUAAAUCCCUGGAUGAUGCUCUCAAUGCAAAAGAACGUCCUCUUGUUCCUUAUCGCCCUCAAUACGACCCUCACACCUCUGCAACGAAGGGUGGAUGGCAACCCCUUAGUAAUGGAUCCCAAUAGUAUCUGUCGUAGAACUAGAACGUUGGUAGGCAGACAUGCCGACAUGUGUCAGUCUCAGCCUGAGAUAAUUCAAGAAGUGGCGAAAGGUUCCCGGUUGGGCAUGCGAGAAUGCCAACAUCAGUUCCACAGCCGUCGCUGGAACUGCACCAGCCAAAGCAGAAACCUGGCCAAGAUCCUGCAACAAGAUAUCCGGGAAACUGCAUUUGUGUAUGCUAUCACAGCUGCUGGGGUGCUGUAUGCAGUGACACAAGCCUGCAGCCAGGGAGCGCUGCCACAGUGCGGCUGUGUGACCCUUCAGAGCUCCUCUGAAACUUACCAUGACUCCCCAGCAGAGCAGGUGCUCAUCCAGGCUUCACUUGUCCAAGCUGGGCGCUGGGAAUGGGGGGGCUGCGGAGAUGAUGUGGACUUUGGUUACGAGAAGUCUCGUCAGUUCAUGGACAUCAGGCAGCGAAAAGGCAAGAAUGACAUCAGGACCCUUAUUGACCUGCACAACAACGAGGCAGGAAGAUUGGCCAUACGGAUACAAAUGCGGACAGAGUGUAAAUGCCAUGGCCUUUCUGGUUCCUGCACUCUUCGCAGCUGCUGGAGGAAGAUGCCUCUCUUCCGUCAGGUUGGUGAUUACCUCAUGCAGAGUUUCCAUAGGGCCGUCCGCGUGAUGGGUGGGAAUGAUGGUAAAUCGCUAGUCCCCAUCGAUCCAGAUACCCCUCCCCUGGAUGCUAAUGUCCUCAUCUAUUCAGCUGAGUCACCUGACUUCUGUCAGGCCAAUCAAAGGACGGGUACAGAAGGCACACAGGGUCGUGUGUGUAACAUCACAGAGACAGGGCCGGGAGGCUGUGACAGCCUGUGCUGCGGCAAAGGUUUUGCAGACUACACACUGGAAUAUGAGGAAAACUGUCAGUGUCAGUUUCACUGGUGCUGUGAGGUUCAGUGCCAGACAUGUUCUAUUAAAAAGGACGUCAGCCUUUGCUUGUGAAGUCCACUCAAGAAGAUAAAAAACAGAACUUCAUCUGUAGUAGAUGUGUUUGAGCUGGAAGGGCACAUUUGUUUUUUGCUAGGAGUGUCCUCUAUGCAGAAUUAAGCAGUGACUUACCAUCUUAUCGCUCUGAUAAAUUUGAUGUUGAUGGUCCACAAGACUGAGCAAUAUCUGUAAGUCAGGUGGGAGUAGUGUUGCCAGGUUUUGCAAGAGAAAUAAGCGACAUGGUCUGAACAAAAACAAAUAUAAAAUAAGUGACGUGGCACUCAUUCAAACUAUCAGUUUCAACCACUAACAAGCCCAAAUACGGAACUGUAUUCUGGAAAUAAUCCCUCACCCCCCAAAUAAUACAAUCUGUGACUGCAUAAAUCCAUAAGCAACUUGAUUUGCAAGUUGAUUUUAAUAAGUGGACUUGGCAACAUUGGGUGGGAGUCUGGAGUUUUAUGGCUGCUUUCAAAAAUAAACAUUCAUCUUACUGCCACCUACUGGUCUUUUAUUAAGAGAAAUUAGUGUGUUAAGAAAAUAAAUUUUCUCUGAUUUUCUCAGAACACUAAAAAUCUGGAAAUAGAGCAAUGAGCUUGAGAAAUUUUAGAUGAAAACAUCCUCUAACAGAUUCAGACCAGUUCAAUACCUUUGGCUUAUGGCCAUUUAUGUGGUAUCUGAAAAUCAUCCAUUGUCAGUACUGUCCAAGGUGCUGAAAUCCUGACUGACAGUUGCCUUGCAAACCGGAAUAUGUAGUCAGAACCUCACUGAUUAGAACAUUUGUUGGUCUAAUUCUAAAUUAUUUGUCCAUUAUGUACAUACACAUGCUUUUUAUUAAAUGCAGAGAUUUGUUACAAAUAGUAUGAUAUAUACACUGGAAAAUAAUGGUAACCGAAAAAUAUGGCUCAUAUGGCAACAUCUAAAUUAUUAUCUUUUAUUUUUCAAAUCAAAACAUUUACUUAAAUUAGCAAAUAAACUAAAAAUAAUAACAUAUACGAACAACACUAAAUUUAAAUGUAGGAUCAAGUAGAAAUAAAUAAAUAUUUUGACAUAGAGUAAUAUAAUUUUUUCCUUCUUUUUUAAAAUUUGAAUAUUUGAAGCUCUAAAAUGUUUCUACAAACUCACAUAGAAAAAGAUUGCUUGCAUUUUUCAGUUUACAUGUAUGAAAAUAAAACAUGCAAUAUGUUUUAUUAGAGUAAAAAGAGAUCUUGUAAAACAAUAAGAGAACAUGUCUUGAUUUUAUUGACAACCAGGUAUUUAUAUCAAACUAAAAUUUAAGUAACUUCACUGUAAAAAAAAAGAGUAAUCAAAAGUUUCAGGAAAAAAAAGAAAUAUCACUUUAAGGUAAAAUUUUCAGGUUUGCCACUUUUUACAGUGUAACAACAACUCCAAAGAUAAUAUUGGGCUUUUUCCACAGUGCUGAUGUUGUAAGAAUUUUUGUGUUUUAUUUUAUGUUUGUCUACAAAUGAAUGUCCACAAGGUGGAGCAUACACAUAGCCCUUCAAUGCUGCAAAAGCGUAUAGGCUACUGUAAGCGAUGCAUCUGUAGUGCAUCCACUAGGGUUUAAAAAAAAACAUAUAUUUGUGUUAUACCUAUUUAAAAAGUAUAAAUAAUUUAACUCAUUGUUUUUAUUUUGUUUUUGUUUUUUUCGAAUUGACUGUGAAAUAUAAGUACAAAUACGCAAUUACGAAAAAUUGUUUGUUAUUUGUAUUGUAUACCUAUUUCCCUUUACUAUUUUACACUAAAACAUUUGGUGUAUUGUUUUUGAAAAUGGCAAGUAACAUGACAUUUUGAAAUAGAAAGAGUGAAAUAGUAUUUUCUUGUAAAAAAAAAAAAAAAAAACUUCAAUAAUCGUCAAUAAUGAAAUAAUUUCAUAGCUAUGAGACAUUUGGGGAAUUUAUUGUAUGUCUGUGUUUGUCAGAGAGAUCUAGUAAGCUACCUCGCUAGCUGACAUGUUGAACAGCUGUAAUUAUGAGAUACACUGUUUUCUAUUGUUGGGAAAAAUCCAUAAAUACUCUCUGAGCCCCUUGUAUAAAAAUAGACAUCUGAAAGAGACUGUCUAACCCAUAUACAGACUCAUUUAAGAGAUGUGGGCAAAUGUGUUUCAAGCUUCUCUGGUUGGUGAACGCAGACAUCAGUCCUUUCACGUCGCGUCAGGAUUGGCAGACGGAGGAGGCUUAUCCCGGUUUACAGGUCUGUACCUUUAGUUUUUUUGCCCGGCUACACAUUACAAGUCCUGCCCAUUGCUCCCGCUGUCUGAGGCUGCGCGCGCAGUGGGAUGCAGAAGGAGUGGCGGAGCGCGCGCGUGUGUGACUGAGGCGAGCAUCGAUUAUCACAUAGGUACGGUAACCUAAUCAGUUCAACAGCUGUUUUCCCCACUGUGUAACCCAGUGGUCACGCGAAACAUAAA